UUUUUCUUUUUCUUUUUUUUCUUUUCCUUAUUAUGAGUCCACCGACAAAACUGAAUAGAACGACUUCUUCUUUAUCUACAAGGAAUAGUCGGCGUUAUGUUGAGCCUUCUAUUUCAAGCGAACAACAAGUAGAGGAAGAGGAAGAAGAACCUCAAGACGACUCAGUUUCGAUAAGCUCAGCGGAUAGAGAAAUGACUUUAAAGGACCGUCAAGAAGUAAGCAUCCAAGCGAGAUAUACGAGUUGACAUUGAUCUUCUUAGGCCAUGAAUAAAAGCCAUCCCUUUGGCUUGCCUAUCUGGAAGCCUGCUCUUUAUAAAAAGUCUCGUUCAGUUGUCCGUAGUGCUAACCGAGCACUUCAUUCAUCACCUGCACCGGAACUAUUCCUAAAUCCAGGCAAUAUCUUGUGGUUUGUAUUGUUUGGUUGGUGGUUAUCAUUGACCAUACUUAUCAUCUCUGUUCUUCCUUGGGUGUGUUGUGGUCAUGCUUAUACUCGUGUGUUGAGAGAACUUGCAUUUUAUUUGCUUUGGCCAUUUGGUCGAUACGUUGAACGUCAAGUGGAAAUCACACCCACGCAUAUUGGAAGCACUUUGGAUGAAGAAACCGGUUUAUUAAACGGCCAAAAGAAGCAUAAAAGCAAUAUCAAGCGUAUUUUGAAGCUUGGACCAGCUGGGUUAGUCUAUUACUUGAUCUUCUUUAGCUUUAUUGCACCUUUGUUAUUUUUAGUAUCGGCUGUUUGCUGGAUGUGUGUCAUUUCGAUUCCCAUGGCCAAGUUAAACUAUAUCCUGAUACGUCAUUUGUAUCGCCACCCUUUAUCACUGCGUUUCAAAUCAAGUCCCUCAGGUCUGAUUCAACCAGACACAUCAGGCAAACCUUCUGUGAUCUUGCUCUGUACUUAUCAAGCCAUCGGUCUACAGUACUACAAGUACACGUAUGAUGGGAUCAACAUCAUUUUCAUCAACCUGAUACCGUUGGUCUUUUUUGUGAUUUUGGAUGAUUGGCUUCUGAAAGACCGUUUUCCAGGUACAUGGAUCACUGCUUCUGCUAUGGUGUUUGCACUUUCUUUGGCAUCGGUCAUCCCACUCUCUUAUUUUAUCGGUAUGAGUGUCAGUUCUAUUUCUGCUCAAAGUAGUAUGGGUGUAGGUGCAGUGAUCAAUGCCACCUUUGGUAGUAUUAUUGAAAUCAUUCUAUAUGCUGUGGCUCUUGUGAGUGGUAAGAGUGCAUUGGUAGAAGGUGCCUUGAUCGGCAGUUUAUUGGCAGGUGUGUUAUUGAUGCCUGGAUGUUCUAUGGUGAGUGGUGCUGUCAAACAAAAAGAACAAAGGUUCAAUUCUAAAAGUGCUGGUGUUACUUCCACCAUGUUGAUUAUGGCUAUCAUUGGUGCAUUGACACCUACCCUGUUCUAUCAAAUGUUUGGAUCCUUUGAGUUAAAAUGUAUUGGAUGUCCAGACAUAGUCAACAAUAAUGGAACCAUCGCUUGUUCAAGAUGUUAUUAUGAUCAACUGAAUCCAACCCAUGACCCUGUUUAUCAAAACAGUGUGAAGCCUCUCAUGUGGCUCUGUGCUGCUAUUUUACCUUCUGCCUAUAUUAUAGGAUUAGUUUUCAGUUUACAUACGCAUGUAGACAUGGUCUGGAAGAACAACACACAUCAAAACAAGAACAAGUUAACAUACUAUCAACGACUGAUACCCACGCAUCUUAUUUCUCAAUUGAUUCAUCCUCACCAUGAGCCCACAGAAGACCAUAUCGAAGGCCAUUCCACUGCAGUCCAUUAUAAUCCAUCGCCACCCAUCAUGCAGUCACCUGUGGCACUUGCACUUCCUAAAGACAGUACUAUCCCACAUGCUUCCAUUCCUGUCGUCAACACACUUGUGGAUGAAGAUGAAAGAGAGGACGAAGAAGUAGCAGGUCAUGACUCACCUAACUGGGGCAGAAACAAGAGUUUUAUCAUCCUGUUUGGUUGUACACUCUUGUAUUCGAUUAUUGCAGAAAUCUUGGUAGAUACAGUGGACGAAGUCAUGCAAAACUUCCCUAUGGAUGAAAAGUUUCUGGGCUUAACUUUGUUUGCCCUUGUGCCUAAUAUCACUGAAUUCAUGAAUGCUAUCUCAUUUGCCAUGUAUGGCAACAUUGUGCUUAGUAUGGAAAUCGGUUCUGCUUAUGCAUUACAAGUGUGUUUAUUACAAAUUCCUGCUAUGGUUGCAUUUUCGUUUUGGUAUAAUUAUGGAAAAGAAGAAUUAGCUCAGUUUACCUUUAGGUAAGUAACAAAAAAAAAAAUGGUUGACAUGGUUAACAUUCUCUAUAGUCUUGUGUUUCCUCGAUGGGAUGUGAUCAGUGUGAUCUUUUCUGUCUUUUUGUUGACCUAUACUUAUCAAGAAGGAAAGGCUAAUUAUUUCAAAGGAAGUAUUCUCAUUUUAAGCUACAUUGUACUUGUCGCAGGAUUUUACUUUAUUCCAUCCUUUUCUGAACACAGUGUACUUAUUGGGUCACCUCCUUCAUUGCUUUUGUAAGCUUA